UUAUACUCCACUCAAGAGAACUCUGUACUUUGCACUUUGGUUAAAGUUUCAUUUUGAUUUAAAUUUCUAAACUUUCUUAGAAAAUUACAUUUUCUUUAACCUCCUCUCUUCUGGAUUGCAGAAAUCAGAUAAAACUACUUGAUAAAAUGACUUCUUGUCACGUUGCUGAAGAUCCUAUAAAAAAGGUUGCUAUCUUUGGAGGAACUCAUGGGAAUGAGCUAACAGGAGUAUUUCUAGUUAAGCACUGGCUAGAGAAUGGCGCUGAGAUUCAGCGAACAGGGCUGGAGGUAAAGCCAUUUAUUACCAAUCCAAGGGCAGUGAAGAAGUGUACCAGAUAUAUUGACUGUGACCUGAAUCGAGUUUUUGACCUUGAAAAUCUUGGCAAAAAAAUGUCAGAGGAUUUGCCAUAUGAAGUGAGAAGGGCUCAAGAAAUAAAUCAUUUAUUUGGUCCAAAAGAUAGCGAAGAUUCCUAUGACAUUAUUUUUGACCUUCACAACACUACUUCUAACAUGGGGUGCACUCUUAUUCUUGAAGAUUCCAGGAAUGACUUUUUAAUUCAGAUGUUUCAUUAUAUUAAGACUUCUUUGGCCCCAUUACCCUGCUAUGUUUAUCUUAUUGAGCAUCCUUCCCUCAAAUAUGCAACCACUCGCUCUGUAGCCAAGUACCCUGUUGGUAUAGAAGUUGGUCCCCAGCCUCAAGGGGUUCUGAGAGCUGAUAUUUUGGAUCAAAUGAGAAAAAUGAUUAAACACGCUCUUGAUUUUAUACAUAAUUUUAAUGAAGGAAAAGAGUUUCCUCCCUGCACUAUUGAAGUGUAUAAUAUAAUGGAGAAAGUUGAUUAUCCCAGGAAUGAAAGUGGAGAAAUUGCUGCUAUUAUCCACCCUACUCUGCAGGACCAAGACUGGAAACCAUUGCACCCUGGGGAUCCUGUGUUUUUAACUCUUGAUGGAAAGACUAUUCCACUGGGCGGAGACUGUACCGUGUACCCGGUGUUUGUAAACGAGGCCGCGUACUAUGAAAAGAAAGAAGCUUUCGCAAAGACAACUAAACUAACACUCAAUGCAAAAAGUAUUCGCUCCUCUUUACAUUAGAAAUCACUUCUAGCUCACUUGUUAUACAGUAUCUUGAAAAACUCUCCUAGUUUCUAAGCUCCUGAAGAGCAGAAUUGUGCCUUAUUCAGCUUCACAGCCAUAGCACUAACCCGGUGCCUUGCACAGAGGGGGCAUUCAGGUCAAUUUCUUGAAUGAGUCAAUUAAUG